UCUUGUCAUUCCUUGUUGAAGUUGGUUUAGAAUCAGAAUGUCAGGAGCACGCAAUGUCUUGGUUGCUUCUGGCUUACUAGCUUUUGCCUCUGCAGGCUUAGCGUUUCCGUUUUAUAUUGCGACAUCUAAAAAACCUGUGGAUUCAUCUAAGCCACUUCCUCCGCAGGCUACUUUUCGAGGGCCUUACAUAAACACUGGUUCACGUGAUGUUGGACCUGAUCACCAAAUUUACCCGAAGAAAGGAUCCUUUUUUGUUGAAUUAAUUCCUGUUAACUGUACGUUAACCCUAUGCUCCUUUCGUGCAUUAUGUUAAUUGACGAUGCAUUUGAAAUUUGGCUUUCUUUCUGACUAUAGGAAUUCGCUUUGCUUCAGGCAGCAUGAUGAGUAUUGUGUGACAAGUGAACGUGAAAAUUUUAUUUUGUAAGAAUUUAGAUAUGAAAAAUUGUUAUGCUCUCUGUGGAAAUCAAGGGCAUAACAUGAAAAGGAAAAGAGCAGAGGCUAAUACUUGGUUUUGCU